AUGGCUGCAUCAAACGUUUUGGCCGCUACUCUUAAGUCAUUGCAUCGCCCUGGCAAGCCAAUCAUCUUUACCAAUGUUUACGACGUUCUAUCAGCUCGUGCUGUAGCUGCUCUUCCGAGUUGCAAAGCACUAGCGACAGCAAGCUAUGCUGUUGCUAGAGCUAAUGGGACAGAGGAUGAUGACAUGGACGCCCAGACGAACCUCCGCGCCGUCCUACCGAUCGCGAAAGUUGCGGCAGAGUUCAACAAGCCGUUUACAGUGGAUAUUCAAGACGCAUAUGGAGAGAAGCUCGAAGAGGAUGUCAACAAAGACACUCAGAAGUUUUACAGCCAGCAGGAAGCUGUGGAGCGGAUUAGAAGGACCUUGAAGGUCGCCGAGAGUCUAGGGGUCAAGGAUUUUGUGGUCAACGCCCGAUGCGAUGUUCUUGUUCACGGUGGUCAGCUCAGUGAGGUUCUCACUCGAGGAAAGGCAUAUCUCGCUGCCGGCGCUACCAGUGUGUUUGUCUGGGGAGGCUCGCAGAGGGGGGUUAGCCGCGAUGAAGUUGCAACGAUGGUGAAGGAAUUCGAUGGGCGACUAAACGUUUCGAUGAAGCUGUCGCCUGACGGAUUGAAUGCAUCGCAACUAUCUGAGAUUGGUGUAUCCAGAAUAAGCAUUGGGCCUGCGAUUCAGUUCAUCGCGAUGGAUACAUAUGCAAAGGAGGCAGAGAAGAUUCUCACUUCUGUUUAA